GCCUCUAUGUAGAGGUAUUUAGGCUGCCAUUGUUUCUGGUUCUUCUUUUCCGAUAACCGAUUCCACUGCCCUUCAAAAUCACAAAAUACCUCUACCCAGUGGUAGCCAUUUUCAUCGUCACCUUUUCCAGUCCGCUUCCAACAAAACACCAACAUCUGUCUGGUCCCGCACAACAUGGACGGACAUAAGCACGCCCGGUUCGAGCCGUCUAACCGUUUCCCACCGUCUGGUUUGCCCCAGCCAUCUCAAACAUCCGAGUCGUCCUCCCAGAGUAGCCGCGGUGACGAUCCUGAGCAACAAAGGAGAGAUAUGAUGCAAAUGUACUCGGUUUUGUUUUGCUUUUGCUAUAUCGGUUUACCCACGCUGGUUCUCCUCUUCUGCGUUGUAGUGACUCUGACCAUUGUGAUCUUUUGGGUGGGAAUCAAGACCCUUCACGUGGCUUCAGGCGCGACAUUGCACGCACUGGAAAUUAUCAUAUCCAUAUGUUGGGGUUUCCAUCAUGGGUUGGGCUGGGUGGUAUGGCAUUUAGGAACUCGACUCACGACGUCGCUCUGGAUUGCAAGUUUUGGGAGCCUGGUGUUAGGAAUGAUAGGAGUAGCUUUCACCUACCUAGACGGACCUUGGAGGAGGCAUUUCCGGGAUCAUGAAGAAUCUACUGAAUGACUUCCAGGUUGGCAUUUCGAUCCACACAUGUUGACUUGCUCGGAUUCUCGUUUCCGUCUUGAAUAAAUUGAGGGAUGCUCCUACCCUCACAAGCUUGCUUCUUCCAUUCUUCUUCAAUCAACAAGGUCACCACACUCGCUUAAGUAGGGUACCCUUGUGAUCCUUCGUUUCACUUCAACAGAAUCAAUAUCUUUAACUUCAGAUA